AUGGCGGCAAAGGUGAAGAAAGGUGUGAACAUUUUCAGUGUAAGAGCCAGCAGCCCGUACUUAUGGGACAUCAGAGAGAGCAUGGAUUAUACCGGGAAAUAUGCACCAGCUGUUAUUGUUUGCCAGAGGAAAUCUACUGCCUCUGAAAACAGUGCGGAUGGUCCUUCCUCUGAAAUUAUGCAGAUUGAUUUUGAAAUUGAAGACCUAACUGAUCUACCUGGGACCCAGCUCAUCACAUGGCAGGUAGAAUAUCCUGGAGAUACAACAUCUGAUCUAGGAAUCUCCAAGAUCUACGUAAGCCAGAAGGACUUGGUAGGAGUUCUCCCUUUGGCUAUGGAAGCAGAGAUCCUGAAUACAGCUAUUCUCACUGGGAAAACAGUAGCUGUCCCUGUCAAAGUGAUCUCUGUGGAAGAUGAUGGGACUGUGACUGAUCUUCUGGAAUCUGUGGAGUGCAGAUCGUCAGAUGAAGAUGUCAUUAAGGUUUCUGACAGAUGUGACUAUGUCUUUGUCAACGGGAAGGAAAUGAAAGGCAAAGUGAAUGUCAUAGUUAAUUUUACUUACCAGCAUCUGAGUGCCCCUUUAGAAAUGACAGUCUGGGUUCCUCGUCUCCCGCUGCAGAUAGAGGUCUCUGACACAGAACUAAAUCAGAUCAAGGGGUGGAGAGUCCCCAUCAUCUCUAAUAAGAGACCAGCCAGGGACAGUGAUGACGAAGAAGAGGAUGAACGUAAGGGAAGAGGCUGCGCCCUUCAGUACCAACAUGCGAUGGUGCGAGUCCUCACACAGUUUGUAGCUGAACCCUCAGACCCCGGUGGCCAGCUGAGCUAUUUACUGGGUUCUGACUGGCAGAUUGAUAUUACCGACCUGGUGAGUGACUUCAUGCAGGUGGAGGAGCCAAGAAUCGCUAAGCUACAGGAUGGACAGGUUUUGAUUGGGCAGGAGCUUGGAAUGACGACAAUUCAGAUAUUGUCCCCCCUUUCAGAUGCUAUCUUGGCUGAGAAGACAGUGACAGUUCUGGACGAAAAGGUGACAAUAACUGACCUGGGAGUGCAGCUGGUGACUGGAUUGUCGCUUUCUCUGCAGCUCAGUCCGGGAAGCAAUAAGGCCAUCUUUGCUACAGCAGUAGCACAAGAGCUACUGCAGUCUCCAAAGCAGGAAGCAGCCAUCAGCUGCUGGAUCCAGUUCAGUGAUGGGUCUGUCAUGCCUCUGGAUAUUUAUGACUCCAAAGACUUCUCCUUGUCAGCUACAUCUCUAGAUGAGAAGGUGGUCUCCAUUCACCAUGACCCCAAAUUCAAGUGGCCUGUGAUUGCUGCUGAGACAGAAGGCCAGGGGACACUAGUGAAGGUAGAGAUGGUGAUCAGUGAAUCAUGCCAGAAAUCCAAAAGAAAGAGCAUCCUAGCUGUUGGAAGUGGUAGCAUUAAAGUCAAGUUUGGGCAGAGUGAUGCCAGCCCUAACAUCAGUGACAGUAAACUCAGGGGUGCUGGUGUCCACCUAGAAAAUCAUGCCAGUGACCGGCGUCAAAAAAACACUUUGCAGGGAAGAGCUGGGCCAGAUGGCCAGUAUUACAGCUCCUCAAUGGGCCAUGAGCAAGGCAAAGGAACCACCACUCAAAGGUCUGUUUUAAGUAAAAAAGAAGACAGAGAAAGCCUCCUGGAUGAUGACAGUCAUCUGCAGAACAUCCCAAUAGACUUCACAAGCUUCCCUGCACAGGUGGAUCUGCCAAGAAACAAUGGAGACUUGGAAGAGAAUGACCUAGUCCAGACCCCUAGGGGACUCAGCGAUCUGGAGAUAGGAAUGUAUGCUCUUCUGGGAGUCUUUUGCCUGGCAAUUCUGGUCUUCCUUAUCAAUUGUGUCACUUUUGCUUUGAAGUACAGAAACAAACAAGUUCCCUUUGAAGAACAAGAAGGCAUGAGCCACUCUCAUGACUGGGUUGGGCUGAGCAACAGGACAGAACUUCUGGAGAAUCACAUAAAUUUCUCAUCCCAACAAGAUGAACGUAUCACAGCCAUUGACAGAGGAGUGGACUAUGAAGAGAGCAAAUAUCUCCUCAACACAAAUGCCGCCAAAAAUAUUAAUGGACAAUCUUUCAGGUCUGCUGAGUCCACAUUCACUGAAGGGAAAGAACAGAAAAGUGAACCAACUACUUCUCCUACCUCUAAGAGGAAACGGGUUAAAUUCACCACCUUUACUACCAUCUCCUCAGAUGAUGGGUGUCCAACUGUCAACUCAAUCUUGAUGAGUAGUGAGGAUGACAUUAAAUGGGUCUGCCAGGAUAUGGACCUGGGGGAGUGCAAAGAACUUAAAAACUAUAUGGAGAGAUUACAUGAAAAUGCUUAA